UGACAAGGUUUCUCACUCUGAGGACAAGGUUCCUCACUCUGAGAACAAGGCUCCUCACACUGAAGACAGGGUUCCUCAUUCUGAGGACAAGGUUCCUCACUCUCAUUACAAGGUUUCUCACUCUGAGGACAAGGUUCGUCACUCCGAGGACAAGGUUCCUCAUUUUGACGACUAGGUUCCUCAAUCUGAGGGCCAGGUUCCUCACACCGACGAAAAGGUUCCUCACUCUGAGAACAAGUUCGUUACUCUGAGGACAAGGUUCCUCACUCUGAGGACAAGGUUCCUCACUCUAGUGACAAGGUUUCUCAUUCUGAGGACAAGGUUCUUCACUCUGAGGACAAGGUUCCUCACACUGACGAAAAGGUUCCUCACUCUGAGAACAAGUUUCGUUACUCUGAGGACAAGGUUCCUCUCUCUGAGGACAAGGUUCCUCUCUCUGAGGGCAAGGUUCCUCUCUCUGAGGGCAAGGUUCCUCACUCUGAGGACAAGGUUCCUCACUCUAGUGACAAGGUUUCUCACUCUGAGGACAAGGUUCCUCACUCUGAGGACAAGGUUCCCCAAUCUGAGGACAAGGUUCCUCACUCUGGGGACAAGGUUCCUCACCCUGAUUACAAGCUUUCUCACUCUGAGGACAAGGUUCGUCACUCCGAGGACAAGGUUCCUCAUUCUGAGGAUAAGGUUCCUCACUCUGAGGACCAGGUUCCUCACUCUGAAGGCAGGUUCCUCACUCUGAGGACAAGGUUUCCUUUUCUGAGGACAAGGUUCCUCACUCUGAGAACAAGGUUCCUCACACUGCGGACAAGGUUCCUCACCCUGAGGACAAGAUUCCUCACUCUGACGACAUGGCUCCUCUCUCUCUGAGGACAAGGUCCUCACUCAGUGAACAAGGUUCCUCACUCUGAAAGCAGGUUCUUCACUCUGAGGACAAGGUUCCUCAAUCUGAGGGCCAGGUUCCUCACACCGACGAAAAGGUUCCUCACUCUGACAAACAAGUUUCGUUACUCUGAGGACAAGGUUCCUCACUCUGAGGACAAGGUCCCUCUCUCUGAGGGCGAGGUUCCUCUCUCUGAAGGCAAGGUUCCUCACUCUGAGGACAAGGUUUCUCACUCUGAGGACAAGGUUCCCCACUCUGAGGACAAGGUUCCUCACUCUGUGGACAAGGUUCCUCACCCUGAUUACAAGUUUCUCACUCUGAGGACAAGGUUCGUCACUCCGAGGACAAGGUUCCUCAUUCUGAGGACAAGGUUCUUCUCUCUGAGGGCAAGGUUCCUUUCUCUGAGGGCAAGGUUCCUCACUCUGAGGACAAGGUUCCUCACUCUAGUGACAAGGUUUCUCACUCUGAGCACAAGGUUCCUCACUCUGAGGACAAGGUUCCCCACUCUGAGGACAAGGUUCCUCACUCGGAGGACAAGGUUCCUCACUCUGAUUACAAGGUUUCUCACUCUGAGGACAAGGUUCGUCACUCCGAGGACAAGGUUUUUCACUCUGACGACAAGGUUCCUCAAACUAACGAAAAGGUUCCUCACUCUGAGAACAAGUUUCGUUACUCUGAGGACAAGGUUCCUCACUCUGAGGACAAGGUUCCUCUCUCUGAGGGCAAGGUUCCUCUCUCUGAGGGCAAUCUUCCUCACUCUGAGGACAAGGUUCCUCACUCUAGUGACAAGGUUUCUCACUCUGAGGACAAGGUUCCUCACUCUGAGGACAAGUUUCCCCACUCUGAGGACAAGGUUCCUCACUCUGAGGACAAGGUUCCUCACCCUGAUUACAAGGUUUGUCACUCUGAGGACAAGGUUCGUCACUCCGAGGACAAGGUUCCUCAUUCUGAGGACAAGGUUCCUCAUUCUGAGGACCAGUUUCCUCACUCUGAAGGCACGUUCCUCACUCUGAGGACAAGGUUCCUCUUUCUGAGGACAAGGUUCCUCACUCUGAGGACAAGGUUCCUCACACUGCGGAAAAGGUUCCUCACUCUGAGUACAAGGUUCCUCACUCUGACGACAAGGUCCUCUCUCUCUCUGAGGACAAGGUCCUCACUCCGUGGACAAGGUUCCUCACUCUGAAAGCAUGUUCUUUACUCUGAGGACAAGGUUCGUCACCCUGAGGAGAAGGUUUCUUACUCAGAGGAAAAGGUUCCUCACUCUGAGGAGAAGGUUCCUCACUCUGAGAACAAGGUUCCUCACUCUGAGGACAAGGUUCCUCAAGCUGAGGACAAAGUUACUCACUCUGAGGACAAGGUUCCUCACUCUGAGGACAAAGUUCCUAACUCUGAGGACAAGGAUGCUCGCUCUGAAGGCAGGUACCUCACUCUAAGGAGAAGGUUCCUCAAUCUGAGGACAAGGUUUCUUACUCUGAGGACAAGGUUCCUCACUCUGAGGACAAGGUUCGACACUCCCAGGACAUAGGCUCCUCACACUCACGACAAGGUUCCUCACUCGGAAGACAAGGUUCUUCCGUGUAAAGGCAGGUUCCUCACACUAAGGACAAGGUUCCUCAUUCUGACGACAAUGUUCAUCACUCUGAAGGCAUGUACCACACUCUAAGGACAAGGUUCCUCACUCUGAGGACAAAGUUCCUCACUCUGAGGACAAGUUUCCACACUCUAAGGACAAGAUUCCUCACUCUGAGGACAAGGCUCCUCAUUCUGAGGACAAGGUUCCUCACUCUGAGGACAAGGUUCCUCACCCUGAGGACAAGAUUCUUCACUCUGAGGACAAGGUUCCUUACUCUGAAUACAAAGGUCCUCACACUGAGGACAAGGUUCCUCACCCUGAAGACAAGGUUCUUCACACUGAGGACAAGGUUCCUCACACUGAGGACAAGGUUCCUCACUCUGAAAACAAUGUUCGUCUGUCUGAGGACAAGGUUCCUCACUCUGAGGACAAAGUGCUUCACACUGAGGACAAGGUUCCUCACUCUUAGAACACUGAGGAACCUUCUUCUCAGAGAGAGAACCUUGUCCUGAGAGUGAGGAAGCUUGUCGUCAGAAUGAGGAACCUUGUCCUCAAAGUGAGGAACCUGCCUUCAGAGUGAGAAACCUUGUCCUCAGAGUGCGGAACCUAGUCAUCAGAGUGAGGAACGUUAUCCUCAGAGUGAGCAACCUUGUCCUCAGAGUGAGCAAUCUUGCCUCAGAGUGUGGAACAUUGUUCUCAGAGUGAGGAACUUCAUCCUCAUAGUGAGGAACCUUGUACUCAAAGUGAGGAACCUUCUGCUCAGAGUGAGGAACCUUGUCCUCAGAGUGACGAGCCUUUUCUUCGGAGUAAGAAACCUUCUCCUCAGUGUGACGAACAUUGUCCUCAGAGUUAAGAACCUGCUUUCAGAGUGAGGAACCUUGUCCUCAUAGUGAGGACCUUGUCCUCAGAGAGAGAGGAAACUUGUCCUCAGAGUGAGGAACCUUGUCCUCAGAGUGAGGAACCUUGUCGGCAGUGUGAGGAACCUUGUCCUCAGAGUAAGGAACUUUGUCCUCAGAAAGAAAAACCUUGUCCUCAGAGUGAGGAACCUGCCUUCAGAAUGAGGAACCUUGUCCUCAGAGUGACGAACCUUGUCCUCAGAGUGAGACACCUUGUCCUCAGAGUGAGGAACCUUGCCCUCAGAGUGAGGAACCUUCUCCUCAGAGUGAGAACCUUGUCCUCAGAGCGAGGAACCUUGUCCUCAGAGUGAGGAACCUUCCUUCAGAGUGAGAAACCUUGUCCUCAGAGUGCGGAAACUAGUCAUCAGAGUGAGGAACCUUUUCCUCAGAGUGAGGAACCUUGUCCUUCCUCACUCUGAGAACAAGGUUCCUCACUCUGAGGACAAGGUUCCUCACCCUGAUUACAAGGUUUCUCACUCUGAGGACAAGGUUCGUCACUCCGAGGACAAGGUUCCUCAUUCUGAGGACAAGGUUCCUCAUUCUGAGGACCAGGUUCCUCACUCUGAAGGCACGUUCCUCACUCUGAGGACAAGGUUUCUCUUUCUGAGGACAAGGUUCCUCACUCUGAGGACAAGGUUCCUCACACUGCGGAAAAGGUUCCUCACUCUGAGGACAAGGUUCCUCACUCUGACGACAAGGUCCUCUCUCUCUCUGAGGACAAGGUCCUCACUCCGUGGACAAGGUUCCUCACUCUGAAAGCAGGUUCUUCACUCUGAGGACAAGGUUCGUCACCCUGAGGAGAAGGUUUCUUACUCCGAGGAAAAGGUUCCUCACUCUGAGGAGAAGGUUCCUCACUCUGAGAACAAGGUUCCUCACUCUGAGGACAAGGUUCCUCAAGCUGAGGACAAAGUUACUCACUCUGAGGACAAGGUUCCUCACUCUGAGGACAAAGUUCCUCACUCUGAGGACAAGGAUGCUCGCUCUGAAGGCAGGUACCUCACUCUAAGGAGAAGGUUCCUCAAUCUGAGGAAAAGGUUUCUUACUCUGAGGACAAGGUUCCUCACUCUGAGGACAUGGUUCCUCACUCUGAGGACAAGGUUCGACACUCUCAGGACAUAGGCUCCUCACACUCAGGACAAGGUUCCUCACUCGGAAGACAAGGUUCUUCCGUGUAAAGGCAGGUUCCUCACACUAAGGACAAGGUUCCUGAUUCUGACGACAAUGUUAAUCACUCUGAAGGCAUGUACCACACUGUAAGGACAAGGUUCCUCACUCUGAGGACAAAGUUCCUCACUCUGAGGACAAGUUUCCAUACCCUAAGGACAAGAUUCCUCACUCUGAGGACAAGGCUCCUCAUUCUGUGGACAAGGUUCCUCACCCUGAGGACAAGGUUCCUCACUCUGAGGACAAGGUUCCUCAGUCUGAGAACAAGGUUCCUCACACUGAGGACAAGGUUCCUCACUCUGAAGACAAAGUUCCUCACUCUGAGGACCAGGUUUUUCACACUGAGGACAAGGUUGCUCACACUGAGCACAAGGUUCCUCACACUGAGAACAAGGUUCCUCACUCUGAAAACAAGGUUCCUAAGACUGAAGACAAGGUUCCUCACUCUGAAGACAAGGUUCCUCAUUCUGCGGACAAGGUCCUUCACACUGAAGACAAAUUUCCUCAGACUGAGGACAAGGUUACUCAAUCUGACAACAAGGUUCCUCACUCUGAGAACAAGGUUCCUCACACUGAAGACAAGGUUCCUCACCCGGAAGAGAAGGUUUCUCACUCUGAGGACAAGGUUCGUCACUCUGAGGACAAGGUUCUUCACACUGAGGAAAAGGUUCCUCACCCUGUGAACAAGGUGCCUCACUCUGAGAACAAGGUUCCUCACACUGAAGACAAGGUUCCUCACCCGGAAGAGAAGGUUUCUCACUCUAAGGACAAGGUUCGUCACUCUGAGGACAAGGUUCUUCACACUGAGGAAAAUUUUCAUCACUCUGAGAACAAGGUUCCUCACUCUGAGGACAAGGUUGUUCACGCUGAGGACAAGGUUGCUCACACUGAGGACAAGGUUCCUCACUCUAAGAACAAGGUUCGUCACUCUGAGGACAAGGUUCCUUGCUCUGAGAAGGUGCUUCACACUGUGGACAAGGUUCCUCACUCUGAGAACAAGGUUCGUCACUUUGUGGACAAGGUUCCUCACUCUGAUGACAAGGUUCAUCACUCUGAGAACAAGGUUCCUCACUCUGCGGACAAGGUCCUUCACACUGAGUCAGGGUUCCACACACUGAGGACAAGUUUCUUCACUCUGAGAACAAGGUUCCUCAGUCUGAGGACAGGAUUCUCACUAUGAGGACAAGGUUCCUCACUCUGAGGACAAGGUUCCUCACUCUGAGGACAAGGUUCCUCACACAGAGGACAAGGUCCCUCACUCUGAGAACAAGGUUCCUCACACUGAGGACAAGGGUCCUGACUCUGGAGACAAGGUUUCUCACUCUGAGGACAAGGUUCCUCACACAGAGGACAAGGUUCCUCACACUGAGGACAAGGUUCCACUCCCUGAGAACAAGGUUCCUCACUUUGAGGACAAGGUUCCUCACUCUGAGGAAAAGGUUCCUCACUCUGAGGACAAGUUUCUCCACUCUGAGGUCAAGCUUCUCCACAUUGAGGACAAGGUUCCUCACACUUAGCACAAGUUUCCUCACUAUGAGAACAAUGUUCCUCAAUCUGAGGACAAGGUUCCUCACUCUGAGGACAAGGUUCUUCAUACUGAGGACAAGGUUCCUCAAGCUGAGGACAAGGUUCCUCACUCUGAGAAGAAGGUUCCUCACUGUGAGGACAAGGCUACUUGCUCUGAGGAGAAGCUGCUUCAUACUGUGGACAAGGUUCCUCACUCUGAGAACAAGGUUCCUCACUCUGAGGACAAGGUUGUUCACGCUGAGGACAAGGUUGCUCACACUGAGGACAAGGUUCCUCACUCUGAGAACAAGGUUCGUCACUCUGAGGACAAGGUUCCUUGCUCUGAGAAGAAGGUGCUUCGCACUGUGGACAAGGUUCUCACUCUGAGAACAAGGUUCGUCACUUUGUGGACAAGGUUCCUCACUCUGAUGACAAGGUUCAUCACUCUGAGAACAAGGUUCCUCACUCUGAGGACAAGGUUCCUCACUCUGAGGACAAGGUUCCUUACUCUGAGGACAAGGCUCUUCACCCUGAGGACAAGGUUCCUCACACUGAGGACAAGGUUCCUCACACUGAGGACAAGGUUCCUGACUCUGCGAACUAG